ACGGUGGAGAAGGAUAAACAAUUGCCGCUACCCGCCAUCUGCCCUCCCAGUUUCAUGUCUGCAGAACGCAUGCAUGACUAUGAAGAGACACCACGCUUUACUACCGACUCGCUUUGGACGUGGACAGUCGAAAGCUUCUCACGGGAGCCAUUUAGAGCUGGAUGGGUCCUCAAGCAGCUGCAUGCACUUCGGGAGAUGCGGCUGUUGUUACAGUUCGUGCUGGAUUAUCAGGCUUUCUCUGCAGCACAGCCCUCCGAGGAGAACUACAGGACCCUCCUCGAUGGUGGACUAUCACAGGCCCUUUUGGGUGUGGCGCUGGAUAGACGGCUCUAUGACCCGGCACAGUUCGAAUCACGGGCGAAGGUAUUGUGGGCUUUCGGCAUCUACUUACGCUCCAAAGUCAUUUUUCGCUCUUGCAGGCACAUCUCAUAUACACUUUUGGGACCCUCAAUGGUUUGGUUAAGCAUGCGCUUAGACAAUCUCCUGUGGCAGCAGCCCAUCACCCUGUGAACCACCCGACGUACGCAGUUCACUUGCUGGAAAACCUCCCUCGUUUGUGGGACCUUAUGCUUGAAAAUUUUUAUGUACUCGAGACCGAGAAUCUUAGUCCUCUGGUCAAUGAAGACACCAAUGCCGAAUCGCUUACCAUUCGGUGGCAGAUCAUCCACCUCGCUAUCUCCGAUAUGGAGUUACAAAAGACGAUGAGG